GUGAACGUCGCCGCGGGCUGGCACGGCCACAGUCGGUCGGCUGCUGCAACAGUUCGCCCCAGAGCGUGUCUCGCGCGUCUCGUGCGAUUCGUGAUGUCCAAGUUGUGGUUGGUUGUGUUGCUCGCGGCGGGCGCGACGGCGGCGGGCGGCCGCCUGCCCCGCACGUCCCCGCCCGUCACCCAGGCUUCCCCUUCGCCCUCCACCCGCCUACCCCAAAGGAACUUCACCCUCUCGUCGCGCAGCUCCGUCAGAAACAGAGAACAAUACAUUUUCAACGUGUUCGAAGUGAUAGUGAGCACUCUGGAAACUAAACUACAACGAAUAGAGAAUCUAGAUAAGGCAGUGGAACACUUGAUGAGACGAGUGGAAGCUCUUGACUCUAGGGUUAAUGACAAUAUUCACAAAACAGACGCCAUUAUAUCAAAACUAGGCAAUCUAGAUCUGAAACUUUUUAGUCACAUCGGGCAAGAUCAAGAUGAAAACUACACUGAAAACUCUGCUACUCGAGCACAGGAUCCCAAUCCCAAUUUACUUGAUAAGAAACUUGAAUCUCUUGAUCAAAAAGUAUCCGAUAUAGACACAAAACUAGUAGGCCUAAAAAAUCAAAUAGACAAUAACUUCUUGCCAGUAGACGACAUCAAUGCAGAGGCGAGUGAAAAGAAACCUAUUAAUCUUAAUGUUAUAGAAAUCGCAAAAGGAUUGAAUUCUGAGAUAGUUAACGAAAUUACGAAAGAAGUGGACCAACUGAGAACGUCGAUGUCGACAGUCGACCGUAAAUUGCAAUUUCACAUUAAUCUGGUUUCCGAAAACUUGGGCAAAGUACUUUAUAUGAUGGCGGACGUUCAUGCCGCGAUUGUCGAGCCCGAAGCUGCGUCGAUUAAUGUCAACAGUCUGUUUAAAAAUCGUACAACUACGAGUACGCAAUCACCCGUGGCGAAGGCCAGCAAGAUAGAUACGCUCGUAAACAAGAUCAUUCCUAUGAUGAGCGUUUCGGAAAAAAUGGAUGAAGUGUGGGACGUAGUCGUUGGGACAAAAAGCUCCGUCGACGAUUUAGUACCAAAAUCGGACGAGUUGCUAACACAAACGCAGAGGCAGGAGCGCGCUAUUGGACAAAUUCAUAACGAUUUGCGUCUGAAGACGAACUUAAUUAUAGAAAAUUUGGAUAUGGUCGAAAAGAGGCUAAAGAAACAGGAAGACGACGUAGCUACGCUUGCUCAACGUCCGGUUCCCGCCGAGCUGCUAUUAGACCCCACGAUCGACCGAUUGGUAGAAUACGCCCCGACCCGAUACCGCGUAGACGAGCCGUCGACGGAUCCCAGCACGAGCACAGUGGCUGCCACGACAACGCCGGCCUCUUCGACACUCACUAACAGUCCGAGCGGGUCGAGCCCGAGCGCGACCGUAACAGUGACGCCGGUGAAUGCCUCCUCCACGCGCCCGGCUAGCCGCAAGGGCGGCAUCAUCUUCCCCAGCGUCAAGAACAAACCCAUCAUCGGCAACAAUACGUUCGCAUCGGAGAUCGUCGCCAACUAUAAAGACGUGAAAGGCUACUCGUGCGUGGACCUCCUGAACGCUGGCAUGAGGGAGUCAGGCGUCUACUACCUUCAGAUCAGGGGCACCACCUACUGGUUCCUCAAAGUCUACUGCGAGCAGAACGUCGCUGAUGGAGGAUGGACCGUGAUACAUCGGCGUGACGACUACGGUAUACCAGCUGAGAACUUCAACCGGGACUGGAGCGACUACAAAAACGGCUUCGGGGACCCGGGCAAGGAGUUCUGGCUCGGCAACGAAAACAUAUACAUGCUCACCAACAAUGACGACUACAUGCUACGCGUGGAGCUUGAAGAUUUCGAUGGAAACAAGCGAUACGCGCAGUAUUCGCACUUCAAAAUUUAUUCAGAAGCGGAAUACUACAAACUAGAAAUUGAUGGGUACGAAGGCAAUGCCGGCGACUCUCUAAACGAUCCGUGGUAUGGUUCCAACAACAGCCCCUUCUCUACCUACAACCGAGAUAAUGAUCGGUCAUCACUGAACUGCGCGUCGAUGCUGAAGGGUGGCUGGUGGUGGAAGUCGUGCGGGCGUGGGCUCAACGGCCUCUACCUGCACGACCCGCAAGAUCUAACUGCACGGCAAGGAAUCGUGUGGUUCCGCUGGAGAGGCUGGGAUUACACCCUGAAGCGCGCGUCCAUGAUGAUCAAGCCGAGGGGACUGUUGCCAAACACGUGAUGAACUCCUUUUCGACCCAGCUUCAGACACCACCUACCAGCCUCUGUUCGCUCAUCACUUGGAUUCUAUUUCAAUAUCUUUACACUACCUUCAUUUAUUUCCAUCCAAUGUUAAGGCUACUUUAUCUCUAGAGCAACGUAAAAAGUCCACCAAUAUAGUCAUCAUCAUCAUCAUCAUCAGCCUAUUAAUGUCUCCACUGCUGGGGCACAGGCCUUCCCUAUGGAUGGGUUAGGGAGCAAUCUCCCUGGUACCCAAUGUGGCCCAAUGGCCAUGACCCACCACGCGGGCCCAGUGCGGGUUGGUGGGUACCAAUAUAGUAUUGACGUCAUUUACGCCAAUUCUAUAUUGAUGGACUUUUUUCUCGCAGGACAUCGCUUAGCGUCAUCAUAUAUUUAUCUCUGGUGAAAAAACAGCCCCAAUAUUUCAUAAUAACCUUAAAACUGCGUUCAUUAUCUUCAUUCUAGAAUCGAAUAGCCUUAAUAUUUUACUCGUUCUUUGCAUACCUGUUAAGCGCAGUAACGUUAUAAAUCCUAUAAACACGAUGAUAAUUUUAUAUCUAAGUACUCAAAGGGGUUACAAACUACGAAUCCAUGUAAUGACUUCGAACAUAGAAGGCAGCUCAAGAUACGUAACUUAUAUCUGUAAAUAUUAUACCAUUCAAAUCACGGGCUGUUCAUAUCGUUUCGACACAGGAAACACUGUCUUGUAAAUAAUGGUCACCUACAUUUACUACGUGCCACAUCACUUCCCAAAUUCAUUAAUUUAUUACUCAUUUUAUCUCGAUACGUUUAAAAACCUUCAUUAAUUAGGUUUAUAAUUAUUCUAGCAAUAAGAAUGUAUUAAGAUGUAAAUAAUUUGUUUCAUACUGUGUAAAAUAAUUAUGCAAUUGAAUUGAUCCUAUUUAAUUUUUGUCAUUUUGAUUCUCGUGACUUGUGACACAAAAUGAUAUAAUAGGUAACUGUGUUACAUAUUUAAGCACUUUUUUUAUUAAAAAAACGCUAUUACAUAACUACUCAUUCAAAUUAGAUAUACCUUUCCACGUUUGAGAAUCCUCCAAAUACAUUUUUCCUAUUAAAUGUAAUAAGUACCAGCUACAUAAAAUGUACCUGAUAAGUACCUACUUAAACGGCAGAUACCAUUGUUGUGCUAAAAUUAUAAAGAAACUCUUGCCACAGGGAAUGAGACUUCUGAAGUAGGAAACCGAACUAAGUACUUAGGUACUUGAAGUUUCUAAAAGUACCUGAGGCCGAAGGACGGAUUUUGACAGCUCCGUAAUCGUAUCGUUAUCACCAAAGUAUGGAAGGAGCUAAUUUGUUCUUACGUUCGGUAGGAGCGCUGCGCUUAAUUUUCAUAGAAAUAUUGACGAUGCGAUACAAUAAGGGGGUGUUUAUGAAAAUAUACGUCACCAGCUGGCGCUACUGUGACGUGAGGCCUUUUGUAUGAAGUUUUGCCGCUAACUAAUCCAACGAGCAUAUAAAUUGAUCCGUAGACUAUGACGACAUGAGAUUUGACGGAUGAGAAAACCUCUCGUCUCAGUACUGCCGCCUGGUGCCUGGUGCCCGUCAUUUCCGAAAACACUCAUUACGAGGCUGUCAAAAUUCGUGCUGCGGCCUUUGUUGUUCCUUUCUCCCUAUAAGUUUGUAAUGUUUGCACCACAACUAACACUGCCAGAUACUAUUGUCAAAUUUUGUAAGUAUCUUUAUAUUAUAUUGUAAGCAUGGUUCGAUAUUCAAAAAUAAUUUACUAGUAGCACAAAAUUAUAGUUAUAGUAUUAAGAAAGAAACUAUUGUUUUUGAAUAUCGGCUCUGUAGGAACUACACCUAUAAUAAUAUUGUAUUAAAAUAUGAUUAGGAAAUAAAUAUAGCUAUUAUAAUGCAAUCGUUUUUGUCUCCUGAGUAUCCACAACACAACUUUUUUCAAAAAUAAGUUUUCACUGAUAGUUUUUAUUAUUUACCUAAUCUUAGAUCAUUUUGAAUAGUUAUUUAUGCAAGUCUUGUAUAAUGAGGGGGAGUAAAUACGAAUGUGGGUGUAGCACACGAGGCGAAGCCACAUGAGUGUUCAUAUGAGUGUUUUAAUCACACUAAUAUUAUAAAGGCGAAAGUUUGUGAGUAUGUGAGUGUGUAUGUUUGUUACUUCUUCACGUCUAAACGGCUGGAGCGAUUUUAAUAAAAUUUGGUAUGGAGUUAGCUGACACCCUAGAUUCACACAUAGGCUACUUUUAUUCUGAAAAAUGUUAGGUUCGAGAGGGAUUUUCAAGAAACUAAGUUAACGCAGACGAAGUCGCGGGCGACCUCUAGUACACUAUUAUAAUAUAACAGUUGCAUACAAGACUUUCUCUACACCCAUAAUAUGAAUCCUCUAUAAAUGAUUCUAAAACUAUGGGGCGUUCUAAGAACUUCAAUUUCAUGAAGUUUCGACGCUGUGGCAGUGGAAAGCGCGUGAAUGGCUUUUCUCUGAAAAUGAUCUUUUUUUUAAAUUCCUAUACCACGCAUUGAGCUAUGAAAAUUACGGUGUCUGAUGAGUAAGCCCUUGGCGCGGCAGGGACUUAAAAAGAGAAAUAGUGAAAUUUUGAUAUUUAAUAAAAUAAAUAUGUAACACCCACUUGGGUGUUUAUCAUAUUCGCAGACUUCAAAUACUGUAUCACACUAUAUUACUUGUUUACCUCGAGUAAAAAGACCAGUCCCCGUAUCAUGCGUACCACAAUUUACCUUACAUCACGUUUUUAAUCGCUAAUCUAACUGUCAAACUCUGUAGCAAUUUGACAAUUGAGCGUGACAAAAACGCGUUAUAGCGGUAUCAUAUCGCGGUGCUCAUGCCAGGGGGGGGCAGGAUGAUUAGAGUUCAGAGUAAAAUAUAAUAAUCUAAAGAAAACUUUACUAGAAAAAAAUCCGCGGCCCUAGCAUAAUGGUCAGUGCAUUCGCCCGAAUAGCGAAGGGUGCGGUUCGAGUCCCGUCUGCUGCCUGGGCCGCGUAGAUUUUUUUCUAGUAAUCGUUUCUUUAGAUUUAAACAUCACACACAAUAUUUUUUAAAUGCUUAAAAAUUAAAAACAUAAAUAUAAUAAUAUCAAUGAGGACUUUUUAUUGAAUUAUUGACUUAAAUAUACACCACUGGAGAUCUUGACCGAAAACACUGACAUAUAAUGACUAUUGAAAAAUUGAUUCAUAUCAACCCUAAUAAUAAAAGAUAUGAAGAACAUUUACGACAUCUAUAAUUUGGCUGCGAUUAAACACUGAAGAUUGAAUUAAUAGAGAUCUUACUUUAUAUGAUACAACUAUAAUAAAUAUACGUUACAUUUAAUUGUGAGAAUUAGAACUUUGUGGUCGAUUCCGCAGUGAAAAUUGGGCCACCUCCUACUCCUAUCACAAUACCAUCAAAUUUGACAUUGAAAAGAUAUUGACGAUGUUACAACCACAAUCACACUUAGAAAAUUUCCUCGAUAUCAAAUUAAAUACUUAUCUAUAUUAAUUUUAUUAUUAGUCUAUAAAUAAUAUUAUGAUAAAAAAUACCGAGGAUGGCCUAAUUAAUUGUAAUUGAAGUUAAAACACUUUAAAAAAUGCCAAAAUGAGAGGAAUCGUGAUACGAAAAUAACUUAUUAAUUAGUGAGCUUAUAAUUCUUUAUUUUUAAUGAAAUUGCUAUUGUAAAUAAAUUGCUAUUUCUAUCAGAUGCCAUCACUACACAUUAGCUAUUCGUAUUUGCUAUUUGUAAACUUGACAACAGUAGAGACUGUUGUCAAGUGAGAGAAAAGGAGAGCCUUUUCGCUGCCUAUAAAGUCUGAUAGGGACAACCUGUUGUCAAAAUGACAAACAGCAAAAACGGAUAGCCAUGUGAAGUGCUGUCAUCAAUCAGUGUAGUUUUGAGUACUACUAUAUAUUUUUAAAUUAUAUUCAUUGGCGCCGCCACCGUUACAGGGCCAAAUAUCGCAAACAUUAUUAAAAGCAGUAAAUUAUGUUAACAAAUGUUAAUAUUCGAAGCUCGACAAAUAUUGUAUGGCACAGAAUCAACCUGCUGGACUGGUAGAGAGGAAACUUUACUAGCACAGCACAGAUUCUACAAGUCCAUCAACCAAAAUGAUACUUCCGGACACUAUUGUAUUAAAUCGUAGGAGCCCACAAGCAUAACAUUGACUGCACGAUGAGGAAUUUGUUAUCAAUGAUGACAAAAAUUACUAAAAACGCACCGUUUCACGUGUCAAUCGACCGCACUGUAAUUAUUUUUUCAUACAUUUACAUAGUUACUAAGAUGGAUAUAAGUUUUGUGAAAGUUUUAGUAUAGUUACUCUACUAGACCAGGGGAGUUUACCGGGUAACUACAUUUAUGUAAAUUUAACGAGAAAUUAAUAAUAAUGAAUUUGAAAUGUCAAAUCGUCAUUAACUUCAUAUCGAUGUAAUAUACAUAGUUACAUGGAAGUGGGGCAGGGCUAAUAUAGAUAUAAAAAUAUCAUUCGAACUCGUCCUCUUUCAUUGGGUCCUGAGAGCCGACGUCCAAUAUUUCAUCUCUAUCGAAAACAUCAUCUUCGAGCACCACUUCGGAUGCCACAACGUCGUCCACCAUGAUCUCUUGCAGUUCCAGAGAUUCAUCCUCGAUAUCCUGAGGUUGAAUGAGGCCACUGCUUUGUUGCAUUUCGAGCAUGUCUUUUUCCAAAGUUUCCUGCAGCGCAGUCAAGUCUUGCUCAAGUGAGUCCUGAGGAUCUCUGUUGGGCUGGGUCACUUGUGGGUCCCUGUAUAUGGCGUCGAGGUCAGCUAAGGUGUAAGGCAAGUCUUCGGAGUCCUCCAGCAAGCGCGAGGGGCUUGACUGGGAGGCAGCUCGCGGGGCCGGCGCGGUCACCUCCCGCGCGCCGCCCCCGGGUUCGUGUUAUACUUUCAUCUUCUUCGGGCCCCUCUUCGAUGCGCGCUCUUUAGCCUUCUCAUACAGCGGCAUCAACUUUUUUUCCUCGGCCAAUAUCCGCAGCAGAACCACGAUGAACGGUAGAUAAUUAUGACGCCUGCGCGCCAUCUCCUGCUGAUACCGAGUCAUUUUCACAUCCUCAUACUCGAUCAACAUACGAAGCCGCGGUAUUUCAGUUUCGAAUUCGUCCGUCUCCAUGCCGAGCAUCUGUGACGCGUUCAAAAGCUCCUCUAAUUGGCGUUCGUAUAUCAUUUUUCUGUCAGACACUAAAGCCAUUAGAUUGAAAUGGAUUUCACCCUCGGUGUAC